CUGCAAUUACAAAAUAACAGAAAAAUAAUAUUCAGUAAACAGAUCAUAAUUUUGUAUUAAUAAAAGACCAGCGAUUGCAAAUGAGACAGGAAACAAUUUACUAAAGGUCUGUGCUUACAACUUUUUAUUCUUUACUUUUUUAUUAAAAAACCAGAGUUUAUCACUAUUUUACUGGUUGCUCUAGUAUGUAACAUUACUUUAGUGCAGGAAGCAGUACUUUUUACUACAUAACAGUAAACACAAGUGUCAGUCUGCCCAGGGCUGAUCUUCGCUUGCUUGGAGCUGCUCACAUCUGACUGAAAUGUAUGGUUCAUGUUUGUGCUAAUACGCUGAACCCAGUCCAACCUUACACCCAAUCUGCUACAGGAACCGGUGAGUUGCAACCUGAAGUAAACUCUGGUGCUGCCUCUGGACGGUGGCGUGUACACUGGCUCAUGGAAAAAUGCCUGCAGAUCCUGCAGCCUGAAUAGUUAGUAAUUACAAACUACACUUAUGCAGCUAACUGUAGCCAGAAGAGGUGCUUUUUGUAUAUUUUAUAUUUUAAUUGACCCUCUGCACAACAUGAAUUUGAAACUGAAAGGACGUAGCCACUGUGUGGUCGAUGGUGGGAUGCUGCACAGGUUCCAGCUCAAACAUGUUGUCGUUGCCCUGCUUCAUAACAGUUUGAUGCACCAUGUGGAAAACAAAGCGAGUAGAGAAUGAUUAAUUGCUGUCUAACCUGUGCUUUUCCAAUACAGAACCUUUGCAUGAAGCUGCUUUGUGUCCUCUUUCGAGCUGGUUCUAUAUGCUUUUUGUUUGACUGUUCCCGGCUGUUCAGAAAAGGAACCCCUCAUUGUGUUUUGAAAUCUUUGUUGCACUGUACGUUGCGAGCCUUUGUAGCCACUCAGCACAAUGGCACUUUCAGAUAGAUGGUCAGCCUAUUCUCCUUUGCCACGCUCAACAGGAUUCAUUUCAUCAACGACUGAACAUUAAAAUUAGCCAUGCCAACUGCAUGGCAAAAGCGACUCUGUCAAAAUAUAUUCUGGAAAGCUGACGCUUACGUCAAGGUCAAACCAUGGGCGACUGGUCCAUACUUGGUCGCUUCCUGUCUGAGGUCCAGAACCACUCUACAGUCAUAGGCAAGAUCUGGCUCACCAUGUUGCUCAUUUUCCGUAUCCUGCUGGUAGCCUUGGUGGGUGAUGCUGUGUACAGCGAUGAGCAGUCUAAGUUCACCUGUAACACCCAGCAGCCUGGAUGCAACAAUGUGUGCUAUGACACAUUUGCUCCGGUUUCACAUCUACGUUUCUGGGUCUUCCAAAUAGUUCUGGUCUCCACGCCAUCUAUCUUCUACAUAGUUUUUGUAAUGCAUAAGAUUGCCAAAGAUGAGAAGCUAGAUGGCCAAAAAGCCCAGAUGGUGUCCCAGAGGCCUCCAGCUCAACGAUGUGACACCACAAAGGACGGCAUGGAGUCCCUGAGGGUCGGCAUGUCCACGUACUGUCCUCGUUAUAGCGAGGAAUGGGACGUGAGAGAGCGAGAUGGGGUGGAGCAGCACUUCCUGGAGGAGGAUUAUGGUGAAGUAGGAGAGGAUCCCACCCAGCAGUCUAACCAGGUUCUAUUCAUUUACAUCCUUCAUGUGCUACUACGGUCCGUGAUGGAGAUUACUUUCCUGGUGGGUCAGUACUUCUUGUUUGGCUUCGAGGUGCCUCACCUGUACCGCUGUGAGACCUACCCCUGUCCUACUCGCACAGACUGCUUUGUGUCACGUGCCACUGAGAAAACCAUCUUCCUGAACUUCAUGUUCAGUAUUAGCCUGGGUUGCUUUGUGCUCAACAUCGCAGAGCUGCACUACUUGGGCUGGGUCUAUAUAUUCCGUAUCCUCUGCUCAGCCUGCUCCACCUGCUGCAGCCAGGAGAGGAACACUGUCAAACUCUACUCCAGCUCCAACCCCCUCCUGCUGCAACUCAGGCAUUCCCUCAGAGGCCAGUUGGUUCUUCAGACCCCAGCAGCCAUGGUUCCAGAUAAGAGCAGAGGUCUGCUCACCCAUGCCCCAUCUAUCUGCUUUGAGACGGACUCCACUGUGGAGUGCACGUCAAAGAGGAGCCAAGAGAGCAGAGACAAAGUUAAGGUCAAGCUUGCCAACAUGGCCAGGCUGGGACGGACCAAGAAGUCUUGGCUAUGAGCUAGAGAGUUUGUGUGAGUCAGUUAUAUCCUUCAAAGGGAAGUGUAAGGCGCUAAGUAUACAGUGCAAACACUCAUGCAUGCACAGCAAACUCGAGGAAUCAGGUGGCUUCUGUGUAGCUGUGCCCUAGUGACUACAAUCAGUUCAUACAGUACCAUGUGAAUCAGUUCCCAGGAAGUAAGCUCUAAUAAGGUAAAGUGUAAGACUGUUAGUAUGAGCCCCUACCACUGGACAGCAGCCAGUCCCUAUGAGCACUGCAGUUUAGUUGCUGGCUUUAGUUGUUUUGCGUUACAAACUGGAGCGUAACUCAAACUCAUGGACGUUCACUUCAUCCUUUGGCUGCAGUGAGUUUUAGUUGGCAUGUUUUCUAUUUAUGGUCUAAAUUAAUUCUGGUCUCAUAAUGAUUCCUGUGUUGUGAUUCUAACCUUACAGUGGCAUUUAUUCAUUUAUUAAAAGACUGGUAUCACUUGUUGGCAUCUGCUGGAUUCUGUGAUGAAAGGAAAACAUUUAUUUUGCUGUCUUUUUCUGUAUUGUCAGCAUUUUAUUAUUUGGUUUAUUUAAUACUACAUAGCCCUUAAAGAGGCAUCCUUUUGUUGUUGUUGUUUUUUAAUGUUUUCAGUUUUCAUGACUUGGUUGUAAACACAUAAUAGAACCAUCAGACUGACAGUGUGUCAUUAUUGUUGUUUUUCACUGUCCUAUUCAUGAUUAAGAGUAACUGCCGGUGAGCACUCACUCACUCACUCACUCACUCAAUAACAGUGUGUGU